CGAGCCAAGUCCGGCUCAGUUUCAUAACCUUUUAAGAGGACUUGAACUUGCAAAAACAUCACUAAACCAAUUGAAAUUUGGAACCCACCAAAUCUCGUCCUCUAAUACGAAGACUUAGUAAUUCCAACAAUCCAAUCCUCCAGAGCAGCCUAACAUCGUUGCCAUUACAAGUAGCCAGAGGGUACUGUUUACUUUCUGUUUGGUUGCCGAGAAAAUUUACAGAGACAAAACGCACCAGAGAUAUAAAAAUAACAAGGCAAUGGCAGAAGGAAGUUCUGGGUCUGAGUUUACCCUUGAUUCAAUAAGAAAGUCUUUGAUAAGACAAGAGGAUACUAUUGUUUUUUGUUUGAUGGAGAGAGCAAGGUUUCCUAUGAAUUCUGCUUUGUAUAAUCAGAGUUUGGAUUUGGUUCCUGGGUUUUCCGGUCCUUUGGUGGAUUUCAUUGUUCAGGAGACAGAGGCAGUUCAAGCUAAGGCUGGGAGGUAUGUGAAUCCAGAAGAAAAUCCCUUCUUCCCAGAUAAUUUACCACCUUCAUUGGUUCCAAACUACAACUAUUCUCAGGUUUUGCAUUCUGGAGGUGCUUCUAUUAACAUAAACAAGGCUAUAUGGGAUAUGUAUCUAAACCAACUACUUCCUUUGUUUGUUGUUGCGGGUGAUGAUGGUAACUAUGCGUCAACUGCUGCCAGUGAUCUUAGCUGCUUACAGGCCCUCUCUAGAAGAAUCCAUUACGGGAAGUUUGUGGCUGAGAUUAAAUUCAGGGAUGCUCCACACGACUAUGAACCUCCAAUUCGUGCCAAGGACGCAGAUGAGCUGAUGAAGUUGUUGACGGAUGAGAGAGUAGAGAAGAUGGUUAAGAAGAGGGUUGAGAAAAAGGCGAUUGUUUUUGGACAAGAUGUGAGCGGCAGCAACAAUGCUGUCAGUAAACAUUACAAGGUUGAUCCUUCUGUAGUAGCUCGCCUCUACGACGAAUGGGUAAUCCCUCUCACCAAGCGGGUUGAAGUUGAGUAUCUCAUCCGCCGAUUGGAUUGAAACCUUUCCUUACAUCUCUAUUAAAGUGACAGUCAAAUUCAAGAUACUGGAUUCCAAAAAUGGAGGGCAUUCAUAAUAAUUCAUGAUGAAUAAGAUGUUGAAACACUUUAAAUUAUUUUAAAACUGUUGUUCCUUCUUAAUCUAAGAUGAUUUGGUAGAAACAUACAAUACUUGUUGACAAAAUAUAGAUUUGGUGAUGUAGAUUAAGGCUAGAUCAAUCAUUUGGUUUUAAAACAAUUUAUUGCUGCUUUCUGGUA